AUGGCUCCAAAACGUACCUGCAAGCCUUCCGCGCGCGCUGCCAGCGUUGCCAGCACCCGUAUUUCUCCACCACUGCGAUCAACUACGAGGCCCUCUAUAUUGAAACCUGCUCGAAAGAAGCAAGCUACCCCAAAGGCUGCAGCUGCUCCUGCUCGAAAGAUGACCCCGAGGGCACCUAAAAAAGCUGCACGUUCAGUACGAUGGGGAGAUCAGCAGGCUACCCAAACGGUUGAGGAUUCCAUUGAGGUUGAAGUCGAUGAGGGAGCUGAGAGAGCUGAGAGAGCUGAGAGAGCUGAGAGAGCUGAGAGAGCUGAGAGAGCUGAGAGAGCUGAGAGAGCUGCAAGAUAUGAGAGCGAUGAGAGGGAGCUUGAUGAGCUCUUCGCCGACGGAGAUAGGGUUCUAGCCAGGCUGAGAGCCUCAGCUCCAUCAGCUCCAUCAGCUCCUCCAUCAUCUCCCCCUCACCCUCCACCGGUUAGCUCUUCACCCGCACCUCCAGAGCCUUUGUAUGACCUCCAUAUUCAGUACUUUCUCCGCGUCAACAAGAAGAGGGAGUCCCAGGACUAUGAGAUACUCUCACGGCGUAGUUUCUCUAUCCUAACUAUUGAAGAUAAGGUGGACUCUAUGAUCGCGUCGGAGGCUUGUUCUGUACAGGGGAGGGAGUUUGAGUGGAUAGGGCGCUUCGUACAGUUUCGAGCAGAUCACCCAAAGGGCAGCUGGUUGAGUAUAACGCUCACUGACUUCUCCAUCGCGGAGGGAGCUAGAUUUCUCGACAUGAUCGAUGGCCAUCUUACCCGUUUCAAGCGCCCGGUCGACCGUAUAGAUGUAAAGCUUGAGCUGCAAAUUAAGGUCAGUGUACUGCAAAAAGCUUUCUCCGCACGUACAGCAAAUGAACCCUCAUCCGAGCCACUACAAGAUAAAGAUGCUGGAACGCCCUACCAUACAAGGCAGUUACUGAAAGAGCAGCAGCAGAUUGAGCGGGUAGAUGAGCUCCGGACUUCUAUGAACCAUCAGUCAGCAAUUCACCAGAUGUGGGAGUGCUGUACAGAAGCUUGCAGAAACUUCAAACACUGGUGUUUUGUUACCCCCCAAGGCGCUCAUUUUGUGAUAGAACAUGUCGAUAUUGAGGCAUGGGGGAGGUCAAUAUUCACUGGCGAGUCAACCGUCCAUCAGCCUCACUACCGGAUCGUAGAAGCCUUGAAGUUGCACGGUAACCAGCUAGAGGUUAAUCCCCAUAACAAGAAGCGCCGGAAGCAUGGAGACUCAUCAUCGUCAGAUAGUGGCAACCGGCUGAAGAAGAUGCAACUGCAGAUGAUGGAGAAUACGAUGAUGAGCCAGAUGAUGAGAUUUCAAGAAGACGAGGCUGCGCGUAGUGAGCGGAGAGAGCUUCAGUGCCAGCAGAUGGAGCAGUUAUACCCACCAGUAUUGCCAGCAACUACGCGCCGCCCAGCUACACCUGGAUACCAUAUCUCUGCCGCAAAGAGCGCUCCAAUCGCCUGCUCUUCGAGCCCAGUUUCUGGCCCAGGGAAAGAGGAUACACGGCAGACUGUAAAGGACUUCUUCAAAUGGCUUAUUGCGCAGCAGCCAGAUGAUGAUCGGAAGCCGUACGAGGCAGCAGAGAGGGUGGCGGUGGAGGAAAUGUGGACGAUAAAAGACCUGAAAGAAAUGGCAAAAGUGAAGGGCGAUCUCUACAAUCUAGCGGUUAACAAGUACAAUUUGGAGGAUGGAGUCGUACGUCACCUGAAAGAGGAGGUUCGGCGCUUCAAAACAGUGUAUCGUACUGCUAGUAGCCUAGUAGAGAUGGGUUCAAAUUUAGCUGGAGAAAGUGGGUAGUAGGUCACGUGUACAGUGGCGAAUAUCGCCAGAUUCUUCAGUAGUUACACUACGCUCAACCACAGUGAGCAACACCCACUUAUACCUGUCAGAUGGUAAGCCAGUUUAUGGACAUCCCAUCUAGGACUGAAGAGGAGGACUGGGAGAAACUGUCUGUACCGGUACUGUCUGAGAACAUGUGGCUAGUGAUUUUGCAGUGGCUAGUGCCCUGCACAGCCUUGGUGCCCAGAGAAGGAACAUCAAAACCAGUGUCAGGCCUCAGCCUCACCCACACAGGUACACACCUGAAUACAAUCAGUCAACCCAUCUUCAAUCAAUCUUUCUGUCACCGUGACAUCUUCAGAUACCAUCAAAUCUGACAAUUAAGAGUCUCACUGCCUUUACCAACAUGUCUACCAACAUGAUCAACAACCAAACUCAAGCCACU